AUGGCGACCGACGCCGUCCUCAAGGACCCAGAAUUCAUCGACCCAGAAAGACAGCGGAUAUUAGAAGGAGAUGCUCGAUUCAAUCGGCUCGGAUGGAAACGCCUAACGGUGCUUUCUAUCGUAGAGGCAAUAGCUCUUGGAAGCUUGGGUCUCCCCUCUGCUUUCGCGGCCCUUGGGAUGGUCGCAGGAUUAAUCUUGACUGUGGCACUCGGCUUCGUGGCAAUUUAUGCAGGAUACAAUAUCGGUCAGACUAAGUUGAAAUACCCACAAAUUGGUCACUAUGCAGACGUCGGGCAUUUGUUAUUUGGCAAGUGGGGUUCCAAGAUCUUCAUUGGAUGCUUCGUGACGUUACUUGUUUUUGUCAUUGGGUCUCACUGUUUGACUGGUGCUAUUGCGUUCCGAACUAUUACUGAGAGCAGUGUCUGUGCCCUGGUAUUCAGUAUCUCAUCAGCAGCUAUCUUGCUGCUUCUUGCGGUCCCUCCCUUUUUUGCAGAGAUUGCGAUACUGGGGUACAUCGAUUUUGCCUCAAUCAUUAUAGCCAUCGGGGCUACAAUGAUCGCGACGGGGAUUCGAUACUCGGGUGACUCUGCUAUUGUCGACCCAGACAUAAUUCCGUGGUCAGCAUGGCCCAAGGCUGGUCUCACCUUUUCAGGGGCCAUCGUUGCGACAAACAAUAUUGUGUUUGCGUAUUCCUUUGCUGGUUGUCUACCAUCAUUUAUGGAUGAGAUGCACACACCGGAAGACUACAUUAAGACCCUGUGGUGGAUGGGAGGCAUUCAGAUUGUUGUCUAUAGUCUCACUGGAUCGAUCAUCUACGCUUUUGUGGGCCAGGGAGUACAAUCACCGGCUCUGCUCUCAGCGGGACCACUCAUGUCCAGAGUGGUCUUUGGAAUUGCACUACCCGUCAUAUUUAUCUCUGGGUCUAUUAAUACCACAGUGGUCUGUCGGUACAUCCAUGGGAAGUUCUACAAGGACUCAAUAAUUCGGUAUAUCAAUACUACGAAAGGUUGGGCAUCAUGGCUGGGUCUAGUGUUUAUCGUCACCCUUCUAGCCUGGGUGAUUGCUGAGGCGAUUCCAAUUUUCUCGGAGCUUCUUUCCAUCAUAUCGGCGCUGUUUGUCUCCGGGUUGUCUUUCUACCUUCCACCUGUCAUGUGGUAUUUGCUCUUGAGAGAGGGUGCAUGGUACGAAAAGAAGAAUCUGAAACCUGCGAUAUUCAAUGCCGUGGUUUUCAGUGUGGGGAUCAUUAUUUUUGGGUGUGGCACGUAUGCCAGUAUCGCCGAGCUUAUCACCAAGUUCCAGUCGGGCUCCGUUGGAAAACCGUUUACGUGUUCUUGA